GACUGCAGACAUAGUACAGGAAAUGGCCAGAGACUGUGGACAUAGUACAGGAGAUGACAGAGACUGCAGACAUAGUACAGGAGAUGACCAGAGACUGCAGACAUAGUACAGAUGACCAGAGACUGCGGACAUAGUAUAGGAAAUGACCAGAGACUGUGGACACAAUACAGAUGACCAGAGACUGCGGACAGUACAGGAGAUGACCAGAGACUACGGACAUAGUACAGGAGAUGGCCAGAGACUGCAGACAGGAGAUGACCAGAGACUGCGGACACAGUACAGG